AUGGCAGUUGCUGCCACACGGGUGCUCACCAAACUUUUUACUCGAAAUUCAGUAAAACGUAUCGUUCGCCUCAAUAUCAAUUCAUAUGCAACACUAAGGAGGUGCUUGGCGACAGCUGCAAAUGCUCCGUCACCGUCUGAGGCAGCAAGUGCCGAAGGAGGAGGUGGUUUACCGUUGGAAAAAGGUGAUAAACUGAGUGAACCAUCCGAGGAAAGAGCUCCAUCAGAGAAGGUGCAGCGAUUGGUGGAAGAGAUCUGUGGACUGACGUUAUUGGAUGUAGUUGAUUUGAAUAAAGCACUCAAGAAACGACUCAACUUACCCGAUGCACCCAUGAUGGCUAACGGUCCUGCAUUUGCUGCGGCUAUGCAAGCAUCAGGUAUUAUUGGUCAUGUGUUUUUUCCGCUUCAAAUAUUCAGGAUCAGAUGGAAACGUAACUAA